AAAAUGUUGAUCUUGGCUGGAAUGAAGUUAAAGGAUUUGUCUGAGCAAACUCAAGAGCCUCAACCAACUAUCAAACACUUAGAUGUUUCUGUAACCAAAUUUUUAUUAUUUUAGAGUAAUCUAUUAAAAUCUGGAAAGGACUUUGCUAUGUUUCCAAAUUUGGAAACCUUGAUCAUUGAUAAUAAUUACUUCUUCAGAUUGGAUGACUUUCCAGUCCUACCAAAUUUAAUAACACUUAGUGCAAACAAAAAUACUUUCAAUAAUUUUGACAUGUAAUCAAAUUCCGUAUCUCAGGUUUAUACAACAUUGCAAAGAGAAGUUUCCUAAGCUUAGUCAUCUCAGUUUAAUUAAGAAUCCCAUCUGUCCCAUGUUUACCUAAGGGGAGGAAGAGAAUAUAAAGUAUUCAGUUAUCGUCAUCAAUAGUUAUCGAGCAAAAUUCAUUUAGGAACUUCCUUAAUUAAAAAAUCUAGAUGGUACUCCUGUUAAUCCACUAGAAGCAGAUCCCAAUUUUUAAAAGCUUCAAUAAUAGGCAAAAUAAUAACAAGUCCAAGUAAUAUGACCUUAUUAUUGUUUGUAGAAUUACGAUGAAUAAAAGAGAGGAACAAUUGAUUUUAAUGCCAAAUAUCAAAAACCUAAUAGUAAAACUGUAAAAACCAAAAGUGAAGGAAAUAGAUUUGUUAAAAACACGCAUUUAUGA